GAAGAAAAGUCUCACAGUUGAAGUGUAGUUUCUUCACGGAUGGACUCAUUGAUCAAGACAGGGACAGUUUACCUGCAGCCUCACAAGACUGGCAGAAAAUGGAAGGCAGUCCUGUUGUCUCUGUUUCCUCACACCAGCAGUGGAGUCGGUCGACUGGAGAUUGUGGACGUCACAGGUGGUGCCACAGGUGACCAUGGUGGCGUCGCCAGGAAACACCAGCCUUACGCCGAGCGGAAACUGAAGGUGGUUCGACUGUCAGAGCUGAUCAGUGUCCUCAGACUCCCACCCAAUGCUGAAGCCUGUCCCAUGGAGAACAUGUCUGCGUUUUGUGUGGAGGCCCAGGACAGAACCAUGGUGUUCGCUGCUCUCAAAGACGACUGUGUGGACUGGGUGGAAAAACUGUGUCACAGCUCGUUUCAGAGAGGAGGAGGAGGAUCAGGACCAGGAUCAAAUCCGCUUCAUAUGGAGGAGAACCAGAUUUACGCCUCAGCAGACGAAGCCUCAGAUUUCUGGGUUGGGGUUCAGCCGACGGAUGCAGCGACACGCUGUGGCCUACAGGGGUCAUACUGGCUGGAGGUGGGACGAGAAGCUCUGUGUCUCAGAGACACACAGAAGCAGAAGAGCGUGGUGUGGGAGUGGCCGUACGAGCUGCUCAGACGAUACGGGAGAGAUAAGGUGUCUUUAACCAUUGAAGCCGGCAGACGCUGUGUCUCUGGUCCUGGAACCUUCACAUUUGAGACACAACAGGCGGAGAAAAUAUUCUCCUUGAUCCAGAGCACCAUCAAACAAAAGACAACCAGAACCCAGCAGAACCAGAACCAGGAGGACGAAAAAGUAAACUUCUCCAACAAACAGCCUCAUUCCCUCCAUCCCAAAAUCCCAGACGUGAUGAGUGUGGCUGCCAUCCUGGAGAAAGACCUGAGGACAAACGAGAGCACAGAAGAAGACCUGCUGGUUCCUCAGGCUCAGCCAGCUCCCAUCACCCUCAUGCCUCUUCCAUCCGUCCCCACACAGGAUGGUGUAUCCGGAGGUCAACACAGCGAACUAUCAGAUCCUGUGUACGAUGACCCUGCUGACUGCAUUCUGUCCUUACCGACAUUACCAUCGUCCACAGCUCUGUACGUAGACCCUGCUUGUGUUCUUCCACUGAAACCCCCAAAGUCAGAGGAACCAGUGACAGCCCCCCCUCCCUUCUCCACCACACAGCCCCGCUUUGACAUCCACCAUCCAGACUCGGAGUACUCCGAGGUGUUCGACAAAGUCGUUCCACUACGGAGUCGACAAGCCAUCUUUCAGAGCAAAGGACAAGAAAAGCCUUUUGCAGACGACAAAGUCAUUUAUGCCGAACCCAUGACGGCACAGGUGUCGCAUAAAAGCGAACGCAAACCUGACCCAUUUGCGCACCUUUACGCUCAAGUCUGCAAGAAAACGCCGUCAUCGGGUCCCUUGACGUCUUCGAACAGCACUGUCACCGCCAACACAGGCACAACCAAAGACGUGGACUCGUCUCUAGAAGAUGUCAUCUACGAAAAUUUGGGCAUCAUUUAGUGACAACAAAAAUCUCCUGAUGUUCUCAGGCAUUUCCUCUGUGUGUAUAUGCAGCUUGUGUUUGUGUCACAGUGCCGUGAUUUAACCAAUCCAAGCUUCUAGCAGGUGAAUCCUUCAUGGUCCAACACUUUCAAAACAUCCACAGAAUACACUCUACUUUUAAGUGCCAGGCUUUCACCAUUUACACAAACCAGCCAUGAAAACAUGACUGCCACCAUGGACACAAGGAAAAAUGGAUUUUAGCCCCUUUACAAUGUAAUACAUACUUAAAGGCUCAUUUUGUAUUGUCUGAUUUGACAGAAAAACAACAGCAUGUGCACAUUUAUUUCAGAAAGUUAAUAUUGUAUCAUAGUAUUAAGAUGUAAAUGUAUUUCAUAUACAGUAUUUACUUUAUUUACUGAGGGUAUUUUCUGAUUUAUAUGAAACUGUUGUUUUGUUACGUUUGUGUUUUAUUUGAAUCACAAACACUUUGAUGUCAAUAAACCAAAUAAGUAUU